AUGGGCAGAGGGGUUCUCCUCCUCGGACUGGGCCUCUCCUUCCUGCUCCGGGUGCUCCUGCUGCCCUGCACAGGCAGCAGCCCCCAGCCCUCUUGGGGCUACACAGCCUACGAGAUAGUCAUUCCAAGGAAACUUGGCCCCAAGGCAGGGAAAGGCAGCCGGGAUGAAGUGUCCUAUAUCAUCAGCAUUCAGGGGGUAAAUUACACGAUUCACCUCAGGCAGAAAGACUUUGUAAUAAAAAACUUCCCCGUAUUCACUCGUGACUCCCAAGGGGAAAUUGCAGUCGAACAGCCCCAUGUGCCAGCAGAUUGCUAUUACCACGGCUACGUGGAAGGCAUCCUGGACUCCGCGGUGACUCUGACUACCUGCUCUGGGCUGAGAGGACUGCUGCAGAUUGGAAACUCAAGCUACAGCAUCGAGCCCUUGGCAGCUUCCACCAUGUCUGAGCAUCUUCUGUUGCAGAGAGAGGAGGCGGUUCCUGGAGCGGUGAUGUACAAAAUGCCCAGUGAAAGUGGACAAUUUCCAGGUCCUGGUACAGCAACAGGGCGGUUCCGGCCCCGGGGGCACACGCGGUAUUUGGAGCUCCUUGCCGUGGUGGACAAGAAAGGGUUUGAUGCCUUUGGCAGAAGUAUAACUAAUGUGACACUAGAAGUUAUUGAAAUAAUCAAUUUGGUGGAUGGACUGUUUUAUUCUUUCCACCUUCGUGUUUUGAUAACUGCACUAGAGAUUUGGGUGGAGAAGAACCCUAUCAGUGUUACCAAAAACAUAACCGAGGUCCUUCAUAAUUUUAAUCUUUGGCGGAAGCAGCAAAGCCUUACGUACGCUGUGCAUGAUGUGGGAUGUCUAUUUGCCUCGAUGGACUUUGAUAGCGGUAUGAGAGCAUCACACACAGGUGGCAAAUCCAACUUCGCCAGUGCAUGUGAUAGAAAACGCGCCUCUGCUGUUGUAUCGUUUGCAAGACAGCCUUACAUGGACACUGCUGUCCAUGUCGCUCGUGCGUUAGGGCAUGUCCUUGGUAUGGAGCAUGAUGACAGAUACUGCAGAUGUGGAAACACCUCUAAAUGCAUCAUGAGCGCACACGGCACAGUGAACUAUCAAUUCAGCAACUGCAGCAAAAAGCACUAUUUUCAUUUUACAGCAUCAGGGCAAGGAUUCUGCCUUAAUAAUGCCCCAAAAUCAGUAACGACAUUUGCACUGCAGCGCUGCGGGAAUGGUGUCCUGGAGGUUGGGGAGGAGUGUGACUGUGGCUCAGAAGCACAGUGUAAAUUGGACCUUUGUUGUGACAAUACCUGUCAAAAAAAAGGAGGAGCCAUUUGCACUUCUGGAGGCUGCUGUAAGAAUUGCAAACCUCUUCCAGAAGGAGAAGUGUGUAGGGAGAGUGCUGAUCCAUGUGACCUGCCCGAGUAUUGCAACGGGACGUCUGAGCAUUGCCCAGCAGAUGUGGCCAAGCAAGAUGGGACUGUGUGCGCUGAGGAUGGGUACUGUUAUUCAGGCAAAUGCCAAUCUCGCACAUUGCAGUGUAUGAGUAUCUUUGGCAAGGAAGCAAAGCCUGCUCCGCUACCAUGUUUCCAGGAGGUGAACAUGAAAGGGGAUCGGUUUGGCAACUGCUGGGGAGAUGGGGGAGAUGUCAACUUUCAGAAAUGUAAGCUAGAAAAUGUCCUGUGUGGGAGGUUGCAGUGUACGAACGUUAGACGUCUACCUCAGCUGGAAGAUCACACAACCAUCAUUCAAACCCCGGUGGGCGAUACCUGGUGUUGGGGCACAGACUACCACUUGGGUGCGGGCAUUCUGGAUGCUGGAGUCAUUAAGGAUGGCAUGCAGUGCGGUGAGAAGAAGAUCUGCAUUAAUCGGACGUGUGUCCCUGAGGAGAAGUACUUGACAUCCCGCUGUUCUGCAAAGAGAACGUGCAGAGGAAAAGGCAUCUGCAACACUAGAGGAAACUGCCACUGUGACAAUGGCUGGGCACCUCCCUACUGCCAGUUUAUGGGUUUUGGAGGAAGCAUUGACAGUGGGCCUGCACCGGUCACUAAAAAGGGGCUUUUAAAGUUCAUCAUCGGGAUCACUGUAAUAACUGUUGCUGUUCUGGCACUCACAGCACUUGUCAUUGUGCACGUGAGAAAGCUCAGAGUAACCUAA